CUUUGCGGAAACAGCUGAUCAGCUGUGAAUAUGUAAUAAGUCGGCUAACAAACAAUUUAAAUAAUCCUUGAACUGCUAACAACAAUGCUUAAAAUUAGCCGAAAUACAGCAAAUGCUGCACUGCAGCGUUGGCGGCAUCGAAAAAUGCUGUCCACGUGGUCACCGCUGGCCACCGCAUUCAAUGCGCCGCCGACGAAGCGCAUCAACUUUACGCGCGACGAUGUGGGCUUAUUUCGCAUGACGGAGCUGCGCAACGCCGAGGGCUUCUAUUUGCUGCGGGAAAAUGUGGAACGUUCCACGCAGGAUCUAAUUGCGGAAGCCAUCUCCAGUGAGCGACAGCGGAAAAUGGUGGACAUUUUUGAUGAGCUCUCGGACUCGCUGUGCAAGGUCGCCGAUCUGGCCGAGUUUAUACGCAUUGCCCACCCAAAGAACAAAUAUAUGCAGGCAGCGGAACAGGCCUGCAUUAGCAUCUGCGGCGUCGUGGAGAGCCUGAAUACACACAAGCCGCUGUACCAGGCGCUCAGCAAGGUGGUGCACGAAGGUGACUUUCUGCCCACCACCGAGGUGGAUCGCCAUGUGGCCAAAUUGUUUCUGUUCGAUUUUGAGCAAUGCGGCAUACAUUUGCCGGAAGAGGAACGCCUGCGCGUGGUCCGUCUCAAUGACUACAUCCUGCAGCUGGGCCAGAAGUUCAUGAAUGGCGCCGUCCAGCCCACGGUAAUGUCGCGCAGCAAUGUACCGGAGGAUAUACGAGACUACUUUCCCACUGCGGGCGAGAACAUCAUCAUCACGGGCCUCUGCACCAAUGCGGCAAAUGUGCAGAUGCGCGAAGCCGCCUACCGUUUAUAUCUGCAGCCCUCCGAUAGCCAGGAGGAGCUGCUCAAGGAUCUGCUGCUCUGUCGCUAUGAGCUCGCCCGCAGCUGCGGCUUCGAGACUUAUGCCCAUCGAGCUCUCAAUGGCAGCACCAUCGAGCGUCCGGAACUUGUCAGCGAAUUCAUCGAUGAGCUGUCGGAGCAGCUGCGUCCGCGCGCCGAUGCAGACUUUGCGCUAAUGACACAAAUGAAACGCAAGGAGAGCGGCCUGGCCAAUUCGCUGGUCGAGAUCUGGGACACGCCGUACUUUACCGCACAGCUCAAGCGACAAUCUCUCGAGGAGCAGGCCAACGAGUUUCUGCCCUAUUUCUCGCUGGGUGGCUGCAUGGAGGGCCUGGACAAUUUGCUGCACUCACUGUAUGGCGUGCGUUUGCAAAACACCGAAAUGGAGCCCGGCGAGAGCUGGCACAGCGACAUCUACAAGCUGGCCGUGAUGCACGAGACCGAGGGACUGCUGGGCUAUAUCUAUUGCGAUUUCUUUGAGCGCAGCGGCAAGCCAAACCAGGAUUGCCAUUUCACCAUUCAGGGCGGCAAGCGGCUGCCGGACGGCACCUACCAGCUGCCCAUUGUUGUGGUCAUGCUGGGCUUGGCGCAGCCGCGCUGGACGGGUCCGACGCUGCUGUCGCCGGCGCGUCUGGACAAUCUAUUCCAUGAGAUGGGACAUGCCAUGCACUCAAUGCUGGCGCGCACCGAAUAUCAGCAUGUGACCGGCACACGUUGCGCCACAGACUUUGCCGAGGUGCCCAGCGUGCUCAUGGAAUACUUUGCCAGUGAUCCGCGCGUGCUGCGCACAUUUGCGCGCCACUUUCAGACACACAAACCCAUCUCGGAGGAUAUGCUGCAGCGUUUGUGCGCCUCCAAGCAUUUGUUUGCGGCCAGCGAGACGCAGCUGCAGGUCUUCUACUCGGCUCUGGAUCAGGUCUAUCAUGGUGAGAGCGCACAGCAGGGCGCCAAUACGACGGAAACGCUGCGCGACGUCCAGAAUCGCUACUACGGACUGCCCUAUGUGGAGAAUACGGCCUGGCAGCUGCGCUUCUCCCACUUCGUGGGCUAUGGCGCCAAGUAUUACGCUUAUCUCAUAUCGAAGACCAUUGCGUCAUGGAUUUGGCAGACGUACUUUGAGGCGAAUCCCUUCAAUCGGCAGGCGGGCGAGAAGUAUCGUGCGGAGAUCCUGGCACAUGGUGGAGCUGUGCCCAGCCGCAAGCUGGUGGCCAAUUUCUUGCAGCGCGAGAUGACGCCCAGAAUACUAGCCGAUAGCCUUAUACAUGAGAUUGACAUGGACGAGUCCAAGAUAAAACAGUUAAUUGUUAGCAGAAAUUAACAGAAACCUUGUCCAGAAUACGCUUGUAAAUAAUUUUUGUUUUUAAUUAUAAAUAGUUAACUGCCCUAUUGUUUUUAUA